CUGAUUUGGUGACUUGUCGAGUGCAAUGGCUAAAGAGAUUAUUGUGCAUGGCUGCCAUUGGAUAUGUAUGUAGAAGUAUUCUGAUUGGCUAACAACACGGGAGCUCAUUCAUCGUUUCUCCGUGAAAAUAGCAUUUGGUAUGUCAGCUGCCGGAGUUCAACUCGGAUGUUUUGGCAGCUGAUUUUAUUCGUGCUUAUAUCGAUGGUGCAAAAUAUAUAAAGUAAACAAAUACAUUGGUGUUUUGAUUACUUAAUAAAUCAAAAGAUUCACAAUGGAUUCUGAAGAAGAAACAUACGACGAUGUUGAUUCUGGUAAUGAAUCUAGCGGAGAUGAUGUGGAUUUCGCAAUGGAAAUUGAAGUUGGAAAUCCAAGAGAACGAGCAACAGAUGUUGAUGAUUAUCCUUUUGAAGUUUUAUCAACAGAAGAAAUAGUGCAACAUAUGGUUGAUUCUAUUAAGGAAGUCAACACAGUUGUAGAAAUACCAACUACAACUACGCGUAUUUUAUUAAAUCAUUUUAAAUGGGAUAAAGAAAAAUUAAUGGAACGAUUUUAUGAUGGUGAUCAGGAGAAGUUAUUUGCAGAAGCACGAGUUGUUAAUCCAUUUAGGAAGGGUCCAUUAAUAAAUAAAAAUCAGUCUUCUCAAAGUUUGCUUUCUAGAAGAACUUCAACAAAUGGCACUGAAGAAUGUGGGAUUUGUUUUACAGUUCAACUAUCUGCAUUGAUGACUGGACUUGAAUGUGGACAUCGCUUUUGCACUGGUUGUUGGGGAGAAUAUCUUACAACCAAAAUUAUGGAAGAAGGAGUGGGUCAAACAAUUGCGUGUGCAGCACAUGCUUGUGACAUUUUAGUUGAUGAUGCCAGUGUUAUGCGUCUUGUAAAAGACUCUAAAGUGAAACUGAAAUAUCAACAUUUAAUAACAAAUAGUUUUGUUGAAUGUAAUAGGUUAUUGAGGUGGUGCCCAUCACCAGAUUGUAAUAACGCUAUAAAAGUACAGUAUGUAGAAGCAAGACCUGUAACUUGUAAAUGCGGACAUACAUUCUGUUUCCAUUGUGGUGAAAAUUGGCAUGAUCCUGUAAAAUGUCAUUUACUGCGCAAAUGGAUUAAAAAGUGUGAUGAUGAUUCAGAAACAUCAAAUUGGAUUGCUGCUAACACAAAAGAAUGUCCAAAAUGUAAUGUCACAAUUGAAAAAGAUGGUGGAUGCAACCAUAUGGUGUGCAAAAAUCAAAAUUGUAAAACUGAUUUUUGUUGGGUAUGUCUUGGCCCAUGGGAACCACAUGGUUCUAGCUGGUAUAAUUGUAAUCGCUAUGAUGAAGAAGAGGCUAAAGCAGCAAGAGAUGCUCAAGAAAAAUCGCGAUCUGCAUUGCAGAGAUACCUAUUUUAUUGCAAUAGAUAUAUAAAUCAUAUGCAAUCAUUAAAAUUCGAAAGUAAACUUUAUGCAAGUGUGAAAGAAAAAAUGGAAGAAAUGCAACAACAUAACAUGUCAUGGAUUGAGGUACAAUUUUUAAAGAAAGCAGUAGACAUUCUGUGUUCCUGUAGACAGACUCUUAUGUAUACUUACGUUUUUGCUUAUUAUGUACGAAAAAAUAACCAAUCUGUGAUUUUUGAAGACAACCAAAAGGAUCUAGAGGGUACUACAGAACGUCUCUCUGAAUAUUUAGAACGAGAUAUUACAAGCGAAAAUCUUGCUGAUAUUAAACAGAAGGUUCAAGAUAAAUAUAGAUAUUGCGAUAGUCGAAGAAAAGUGCUUUUGGAACAUGUACAUGAAGGUUAUGAAAAAGAUUGGUGGGACUACGUGGAAUAGAAAUCUGAACCAAUUUUGUUUUUCGGGCGUGCAAGACAAGGUUUCUUUCUUGACACUCUUGCCCCAGCUGUGAUAAAUCAAGAAAGCUGACAGGAAACAAAAAUAGAGCAUGUCACCAAGUGAUUUACGUGUUAGAUAUACUUUAAACGUAAUAUGAUCUGUGGCAACACAUAUAUCGUUAUGAAUUUUUGAAUUUAUUAAAAUUGAAUCCUAUUUACCAUCAGGCUAAAUGUAAAAUACUUUUGUAUUAAUUAAUGAUGCUAAUUUGCGCUUGCUGUGUGCUACUUAUCGUUACAUAUUUCGAUCCUUC